UCCACCGCGUAAUAGCCCACUAUUAAUACAACAAACCAACAUUUCUUCCUCAUUCACAAAUAUAUCUCUCUUUACCAUUAUCCCUUUCCAAAAUCCCAAUCUCAAAUCCACAUAUCCAAAACCUUCCUAAUCCCAAUGGAAGACGAAUACUACACCAGAGGCAAACCCACCAAAACCCACUCGGGUCCGGGUCAGGGUCACACCCCCAGCACAUCAGAACUCAUGGCAAGCGCCAAACUCAUGGCAGACGCAGCUAAAUCGGCUUUAGCCCACGACACCGAAAAGAUCGACAAAGCAAAAGUCGCCGGAGCCGCCGGUAACCUCCUCGGCGCCGCUAAACAUUACGGUAAACUUGACGAGAAGAGUUACGGUAAAUACGUUGGUAAGGCGGAAACUUACCUUCACAAAUAUAACUCAUCUUCUUCUUCUCAAUCUCAAUCUCAUUCCUCGUCGUAUACCUCUACAACCACCCCGCAUUCCUCCGGUUACGGUGGCCCCCACGACGGCGGUGACGGGAAGUAUAGUCAUGGUCAGGGUCAUUCCGGUGGUGGUGGUGGUGGAAGUGGUGGUGGGUAUGGGGAGUAUGUGAAGUUGGCGCAGGGGUUGUUGAAUAAGAAGCAAGAUCAUGGCGGCGAAGGCGGUGGAUCGGGACAUUCUAGUGGUGGUGGUGCUGGGGAUUAUAUUAAGUUGGCUCAAGGGUUGUUGAAUAAGAAACAAGAUCAUAGCGGCGAAGGCGGUGGAACGGGUCAUUCUAGUGGUGGAAGUGGUGGUGCUGGUGAUUAUAUCAAAUUGGCUCAAGGGUUUAUGAAGAAACAUUGAUUUUAUUUUAUUGUUUAAAACUAUGUUACAUACUGACUUGUUAUUGGAAUAUGAGUAUGAAUGUAUGAAUCUACGAAUUAUGAAUGUUAAUUGUUAUUUGAUUGUUUUUGUAA